ACUACAAGCUGAAUUAAAUCCACAGCAUCCAGUCAACCCUCUUUCAAGUGAUAUUAGAACUCGUUGGAGUUCAACUUACAAUCUUUUAAAAAACCUUCUUCUUUUUCAUAAUGCUAUUAUACAGUUAGCUGAUAAUUUAAGGCAAAGUGUUAAUCGACAAGAAAGGCAAGAUAGUUUAAAAAUUUUAGAAGCUCUCUUAUCAACUGAAGAAUGGAAUUCAUUAGACGAAUUAGCAAUACUUUUACAUCCUUUUGUACAAGCAACAGGAUAUAUCGAAGAAAAUCAAUAUCCUACUUUAGGAAUGAUGAUACCUACCCUUAUUAAGCUUUCACGCCAUUUACGAGAUUUUUAUCCAACAAUAACAUCGAUAAUAGUAAAAGCUUGUUGCCGUAAAAUUAAUGAAUCAAUGCUAUCAAGAUGGUUUGAACCGUCACUUAAUAGUCUUAUAGCUUCUUUUUAA